AUGAUUGGGCAGCUCUUCGCAAAGCCGACCAAGCGACUUCGAAUUGCAGGUCCGAGAGAAAAAGAUUGGAACGACAGAUUGACGGGAUACCUAUUCUCAGAAGAUGCUUAUGCAGUUACCUGCUGUACUCGCCUACUGGCUGUUGGUCUUGCCAGCGGAGAGAUCAGACUAUUCCACCUCGCUGGGUCGGGGGCAUUCGAUGCAGCUGCUACAUUGAAUCACGGGAAGAGGGUUCGUCUCCUUGCCUUCGACCGAGCUUCUUCAGUACUAGUUUCAUGUAGUUCUCGAAACUUACAAAUAUGGGAUACCCACUGGUCUCAAGAACCCAUCAGGCUAUCCCCCGUUUGGUCACGAACUAUCGACUUCACUCCAGGAUCAAUUUCAUUCGACCAUGACGAACAAAUGAUAAUCCUUUCCAAUCCUCAUGGUAACUCUUUGGUAAUUUACGAUAUCAAGGAUGGGAAAGAAGAAGAGCGCAAAGUUUUGCAUGCUCCCUCGGCCUGGGACUCAGACUCGUCGGAUGAAAACGAUAACGAACUUGGUUUAUGGACCCCAGCAAUGCAGAUACGACUUGACUCGAACCACAGGCUUGCCGCGUUGUCUUACAGAAAUGCUUCAGUCUCGAUCUGGGACUGGAAUACUUCUGUCUGCGUCGGCAACUUUGAGAAACACUAUAUCGACUAUACUUACGCUACCUCACAAGUCCUAGACAUGGUGUUCAAUCCAAUUGCUGAGGUCGAGCUCCUAGCAAUAUCAUACAUGGACGGCGACGUGGUAACUUGUAAUCCAUGGACGCAAGACCAAGCAAACAAGUAUCAUCUGCAAACAUUGCUAUCUGUUCUAUCCACUAGCUCAGAUGGCAGGGUUCUCGCAGGUGCGGCAGAGGACGGAGGCAUCUACCUUUUCCUCUUUGAGACCUUGCAGCCGAUAUACCACAUUCGACUACCAGGAGAUCAACUAAGGAUUCAAGAUAUCGCAUUUUCAGCAGAUAACCUCCGUUUUUUCGACAUUCGGGGGCAAUGCUGCAACGUCUGGGAGCCGAUUGUCCUACUUGCCAAAGACGGGUACGAUGACAACCCCCUAGAGACUUCAUGUUCCAGCGAAGAAAUUCCCCUUCCGGAAAUAAAAGCAUCUCGUUCUCAUGUGUAUCAGUGGGGAGAAAGCAUCACGGCCAUCGAGCCAGCCAACAACAUGUUACUCGUUGGGCGCCAGGAUGGCACAAUUGAUGUCAGUGAUCUGAACACCGGCGAGAUUGUCGAGAAACUCCGGAUUCACGAUGCAUUUGCAGAGAUAAAAUCAUUAGACUGGAACGAAGACACGUGUACGCUUCUCAGUAUCGAUACUACUUGGCGUCACAUUGUCACCAGAGUCACUUCCAUGGGGAGGGGACCCGGAGCACAAGUUACUUAUUUGCUCAACCGCAGAGGUGAUAGUGAUACAUCUCAAAUAAUCUUGAGCACAGAAGCCGAAUCACUGCUGGUCUGUACAAACUCAAGUGCGGCGUUGAUUGCUCUUGACGGCACUGUGAUGGGAGAGGAGAAGGAUCUCAAGGGAGCCUGGUGGUUGAGACAUCCAUCGAGUCCUUCCCAUUUACUCGCCUUUCAGGACAACUAUUGUCACAUCUAUGAAUGGUGUAAUCUGAAAAGAGUUUGCAAGAGCGUCGACCUCUCUCCGAGCCCCCAAAUCCAAGUUUCAAAGGGUUGUCCUCCAUGGCUCAGCAGCAAAAGCUCUAGCUACUUAGCCCGGGGCCUUCGCCGCGCGACCGAGCAAACCAGCAGUAUUAUCGCCGUCGAAGCUUCCAAGAUUGCACCUUCAACGGAGGCGAUUCUGACGCAGAGUUUACAUAUCACAUCUACAUCUCUGCAAUCUGUAAUUGGAUGUAUUAAAUCGAGUCUGCUUUUCCUCGAUACGGCUGGAUGGAUUUGCUCAAUUAGCCUCAGGAACAUAGCAGAUGCGCAUCAUUUCACGCGACACUUUUUUAUACCACUCACAUGGCGUAGUGAGGUUGAUGCCGUGGUCAAGAUUGUUUCAAAGACGGCAAUUGCGUUCGGAAGAGGGGAGCAUUUGAUGAUCUUUCACGGGUUUUUGGAGUUCGAAGAAAGGAUACCGAUAUAA